GUGGGGCAGGGAAAGUAAGUGAGGCCCCAGGAGGUGUCUGCUGCUGUACUGGGAGCAGAGUGAGGGCUGGGGCGAGGUGAUGGCUCCGAGCUGUUGAAGAGGUGGAGGGGAACCGGGAUGGCGCGGAGCCCCGGAGAGGGCAGCGUGUCUCCCUCUGCUAGCCUACGUGGAACCAGGGAGACCCUCAGUGACCCGGAACUGGAGUCUAUAGGCUCCGACUCUGAAAUCAACGGGUUCACCGCGGAGAGGAAGACUGACAAGUACGGCUUCCUGAUCAAGACCGAGGAGAACGGUGAGCGGGAGCAGGAAUUGUCCGUUGAGGUCUUAAGACAGAGGGAAGCAAAAUGGCUGGACAUGCUGCUAAAUUGGGACAAAUGGAUGGCGAAGAGGCACAAGAAGAUAAAGCUGAGAUGUCAGAAGGGGAUCCCGCCUUCACUGCGUGGCCGUGCCUGGCAGUACCUUUCAGGAAGCAGGGUUAGGAUGGACCAGAACCCCAACAAAUUUACUGAGCUGGACUCAAUGGCAGGUGACCCAAAAUGGCUGGACAUCAUAGAAAGAGACCUUCACCGGCAGUUUCCUUUUCAUGAGAUGUUUGUCGCUCGAGGGGGUCACGGGCAACAAGAUCUGUUUAGGGUACUAAAAGCUUACACUCUUUACCGACCAGAUGAAGGAUACUGUCAAGCCCAGGCACCUAUUGCAGCUGUCCUGCUUAUGCAUAUGCCAGCGGAGCAAGCAUUCUGGUGUCUGGUACAGAUCUGUGAGAAGUAUCUGCCGGGAUAUUACAGUGAGAAGCUGGAAGCGAUCCAGUUAGAUGGUAGAAUCCUGUUUUCAAUGCUUCGGAAGGUGUCCCCGGUGGCCUACAAGCAUCUAAGCAAGCAGAAGAUUGACCCCAUCUUGUACAUGACAGAAUGGUUCAUGUGUGCAUUCUCACGGACUCUUCCCUGGAGCUCGGUCUUGCGUGUGUGGGACAUGUUUUUCUGCGAAGGUGUCAAGAUUAUAUUCCGGGUGGCUCUUAUUCUCCUGAAGUAUACACUUGGUUCCUCUGAAAAGCUCAAGUCGUGUCAAGGUCAAUAUGAAACUAUGGAGAAAUUAAGGGCAAUUGAUCCAAAAUACAUGCAGGAAGGAUUCCUUAUCCCAGAGAUUGCGGAGUUGCCAAUUACCGAACGAGAUGUAGAACGUGAGCAUUUAAUUCAGCUAAAGAAGUGGAAGGAAGAGUAUGGAGAACUGCAGUGCAAAUCACCCAUUCGUUUGCAUGGGGCCAAAGCCAUCAGCGACGCUGACCCAGUGGGUCACAAGCCUCUUGUUCAUGCGCCGUCCAUUAUUCUUCCAUCCAAUGUAAGCUCCAGGAAGAAAACAAAGGAGCAGAAACAGGAAGAAAAGGAACAAGAAAAGCAAAGAGACAAGGAGAUGAGGGAAAGGGAAAAGAUGGAGAAGGAGAAAAAGAAGUUAGAAAAGAAAAAGAGUAAAGGGAAAGGUGACCAAUCCAAUGGGGCUAUGAAAGAGGAAAAUGGUGGUGAGGGGACCAGAGAUCACCGGCAGGAACCGGUACAGCCUUUGUUGGCCAAAGUAAUCCAAAAAGACUCUCUCAAUGUGCAUCAGUCUAGUGAAAGCUUGUGCUCCAAGGAGAGUGAAGACACCUAUUUAUAACUUCCACAAUGUUUCCAUCUGGAGAAAUGCUCACUCAAAAUUCUGCUCUUCGGUGUGCUUCAAGAGUUCUUCAGCCCCUAUACUAGAGAUCCCUCAGACACCUUCCUGUAACAGAAGCAUCGUUAUGUACAUUGGAGACAAUAAGGCAGGGACAGAUACUGAAACCAGCAUUAUUACUUGUAAAAAAAAAAAAAAAGUAUAUUUGUAGAAUUUGUCUCCUGGUCCUAAUAUCUUUAUACUUCCAAAUGUCUUCAUUGCCCAAGGAACAUGAAACCUCCCGUUAUGUAUUGUGUUGGGGUUCUCCUUGGACUAGUUAGAAAUACCACCCAGUAUAGGCUGCAGGGGGAUCCUUUCUGUGUAUUGACCAAUCAUGAAAGGAAAAUGGGUGCUGACUCUGCACCCGCUGUCAUUCCAGAUGUUUUGCUGCUGAAAGUGGAGCGUCUUCUACUAUGCACAACGGUUUUAUUGUUUCCUACUUACAUGGGACCAACCAGAGAAAUGAAACCGGCUCCCUUCCUCCAUCCCACAGACACUCUUUGUACCAAUAAAUGGAUUAAAAGAGAAUGAAUUUUGCUCUAUAUCACCACACAAUAGCACUUCUGUUCAGUUCUUUGACGUCUUAUUAGAUCUCGUACUACAAGAGGAAGUGCAAGUCUGCCAGAGCUUCUAGGAAUGAACUGUAUCCUCUGAAUUCUAUGACCAACCAACACUAUCCACCCUCCCGAUGCUGCCGGGAAGGGUUUGUAUUUCACAGUGUAUUAUAGUUACACUAAACACAGCCAAGCAGGAAUAUUUAUUUAUCUAUGGUAUUAGCCCUUGCAAAAAAAAAGAAUAAAGACGCUUGCCAAUACUUAGAGUCUAAUAAAAUUGUGGUAUUUCUUUUUUCCA